CUUUGACCCAUUUGACAGGAAACCCUUCUCCUUCCUUCGGCCCCAAGGCAGCCUUUCUACGCUACAACGUAUUUAUUGCUCCCGCCUUCUUCUUCUGAGCUCAUCUGGUCGGUUCCUCUCUCUCUCUCACUAGGGAGACCUGGUAAUAAUUCUUGUAAAUUUUAUACUUGAUAUUUGGACCAGAAAAUAUUAUAACCAACUUUAUUAUCCCCCACCUCUUUCUCUCUCUAACAAGGAGGAAAACCUAUAUAAAGCCUCAAAGCUCGAUUACUAACAUAACGGAAAACACUCGUUGCUUAUUUCCUCCAGAUCAAGGAAUUCAAGCUAGGGUUCCGUUUCUUUUCAAUCGCAUCUUUUGUGAUUUAAUUCAUUUGGUUCAUCGUUGUCGUGGAAAGGGUUUCUGUGUGUUCGGAAUCACCGAAUAUGAGCUCUCAGGUCCGCAAUGAUCGAAGGGAUAAUAGGCCAAGAAUCACUCCCCAGAGCACUCGCCAGGAGUGGGUUCCUAGAGGGACCACCGCGUCGGGGGUGAAUCUUCCUCAGAGUGUCGAUUCGCCCCCGAAUCCAACUGGAAAUGUUGGGAAGUCUAAUAACACCUCCGCUGCACCGGAGAAUCGGAACUGGAGGAAUAAUGCUUCCAAGAGUAACGUGAGUCGGCCAACAAAUCAUAGGAAGGGGAGAGAGACAAGUGAGAAUAGAGAGGUCAGUGCAUCGAAUAGAGAGGUUGGUGCGUCAAAGGACCCAAGUUUGCCUCAGCUUGUGCAAGAAAUUCAGGACAAGCUUCUUAAAGGAGCUGUCGAGUGUAUGAUCUGUUAUGACAUGGUGAGGAGGUCUGCACCUAUCUGGUCUUGUGCAAGCUGUUACUCAAUUUUCCACCUAAAUUGUAUCAAGAAAUGGGCACGGGCACCCACAUCUAUUGAUUUGUCUGCAGAGAAGAAUCAGGGGUUUAAUUGGCGGUGCCCGGGUUGUCAAUCAGUGCAGUUAACGUCAUCAAAGGAGAUUCGAUAUAUGUGCUUUUGUGGGAAGAGGACUGACCCACCCUCUGAUUUGUAUUUGACUCCGCAUUCUUGUGGAGAACCUUGUGGGAAGCUACUUGAGAAGCUGUUUUCUGUUGGCGGUACUAUAAAGGAGUAUCUCUGUCCUCAUGUUUGUGUGUUGCAGUGCCACCCAGGUCCAUGCCCUCCUUGUAAGGCAUUUGCACCACCUUGUUUGUGCCCUUGUGGGAAGAAGAUAAUUACAACAAGAUGCUCAGAUCGAAAGUCUGUUCUUACUUGUGGUCAGCGCUGUGAUAAGCUUCUUGACUGUUGGCGUCAUCGGUGUGAACAGGUAUGUCAUGUGGGUCCAUGUGGUCCUUGCAAGGUUAUGAUUAAUGCCUCUUGUUUCUGCAAGAAAAAUAUGGAGGUUUUUCUUUGUGGUAACAUGACCAUGAAGGGAGAAGUAAGAGCAGAAGAUGGUGUUUUUUCAUGCAGUUCAACUUGUGGAAAGCAGCUUGGUUGUGGGAAUCAUAACUGUUCCGAACCCUGUCAUCCUGGUCCCUGUGGAGAGUGUGAGUUCUUGCCAAGCAAGAUUAAGUCAUGCUGCUGCGGAAAAACAAGCUUACAGGAACAAAGGCAGAGUUGCUUGGACCCAGUUCCUACAUGUUCUCAGAUUUUCUCAAACCACAACCAUCUCUCUGGAGAUUGGGAUCUUCACUUUUGUCAAAUGGCCUGUGGUAAGAAGCUCAGGUGUGGACAGCAUUCUUGUGAAUCUUUAUGUCACAGUGGCCAUUGCCCUCCUUGUCUUGAAACAAUUUUCACCGAUCUAACCUGUGCUUGUGGGAGAACUUCAAUCCCUCCUCCAUUACCAUGUGGCACACCUCCUCCUUCCUGCCAAUUUCCUUGCUCAGUUCCUCAGCCUUGUGGCCAUUCAUCGUCUCACAGCUGCCAUUUUGGAGAUUGCUCGCCUUGCUCAGUGCCUGUAGAAAAGAAAUGCAUUGGUGGACAUGUGGUCCUCACGAACAUACCUUGUGGAUCAAAAGACAUCAGAUGUAACAAACUCUGUGGGAAGACCAGGCGCUGUGGCAUGCAUGCAUGUGGCAGAACUUGUCACCCCUCGCCUUGUGAUAAUCCCUCUGAAUGUGAGUCAUAUAUGAAGACAUCUUGUGGACAGACGUGUGGUGCUCCUAGGAUAGAUUGCAGACAUACUUGUACGGCAAUCUGUCAUCCUUCUGCUCCUUGUCCUGAUGUUAGAUGCGAUUAUCCGGUCAGCAUUUCUUGCUCCUGUGGCCGGAUAACAGCAACAGUUCCUUGUGAUGCAGGAGGUGGCAGUAAUAGUUUCAAUGGUGACACUGUUUAUGAAGCUUCCAUUGUCCAGAAGUUACCGGUUCUGCUUCAACCAGUGGAAUCAACUGGGAAGAAGAUUCCUCUUGGACAGAGGAAACUUAUGUGUGACGAUGAAUGUGCUAAAUUGGAGCGUAAGCGGGUUUUAGCCGAUGCUUUUGAUAUCACUCUCCCAAACUUGGAUGCUCUUCAUUUUGGUGAGAAUUCUGUUAUAACUGAGUUGCUUUCAGACCUUUAUAGGCGUGAUCCAAAGUGGGUACUAGCAGUGGAGGAGAGAUGUAAAUUCUUAGUUCUUGGGAAGAGCAAAGGAACUACAAGUAGCCUUAAGGUUCAUGUUUUCUGCCCUAUGCUGAAGGAGAAGAGGGAUGCUGUGAGGGUUAUUGCUGAUAGGUGGAAACUUUCUGUUAAUGCUGCUGGUUGGGAGCCAAAGCGGUUUAUAGUGGUUCAUGUUACUCCCAAGUCAAAACCCCCACCACGUGUGAUUGGGGUUAAAGGGUCAAUUGCUAUAGGAGCUCCCCAUCCUCCAGCUUUCGAUCCUCUAGUAGACAUGGAUCCCAGGCUUGUUGUUUCUUUUCUAGAUUUGCCCAGGGAAGCAGACAUAAGUGCUUUGGUCCUGAGGUUUGGGGGCGAAUGCGAAUUAGUUUGGUUGAGUGACAAGAAUGCAUUGGCCGUGUUUAAUGAUCCCGCUCGGGCAGCAACUGCUAUGAGGAGGCUGGAUCAUGGAUCAGUUUACAAUGGAGCUGUCGUGGUUGUUCAGAACAGUGGGCCAGCGACACAGUCAGUGGCUACUAAUGCCUGGGGAGGAGCUAGGAUUGCCAAGGAAGGAGGAGUGUCUGCUUUGAAAGGCAAUCCAUGGAAGAAGGCUGUGGUUCAGGAGUGUAACUGGGGGGAUGACUCAUGGGGGGGUGAAGACGUCUCUGGUGGUUCAGCAGAUCUGCAUGGAUCUGCAUGGAAAGGGAAGGAUGCACCAAUUGCCACAUCAUUAAACAGAUGGAGUGUCUUAGAUUCUGAAAAGGUAGUCACUUCAUCUACUGCAUUAAUUGGAAAUGAAGAUCCUACAAAACAAGCAGGGGGGUCUACAUCUGGAUCAAAUGUAAGCAGUUCAAAUUCAACAAGGCAGCCUGUAGGAAAUUUUAGUGAAGCUGAACCUUCCGAUGUAGUGGAUGAUUGGGAAGAAGCUUGUGAUUUUCCUCUGACUCUCCGCAGGAAAUGGAUCCCCGGCUCAGCCCUGCUACUUACUCUGCUUCUCUCAAGGCAACUAUUACGAGAUUUGGUGCCAGUUGAAUGGAGGAUUUCUGGUCCUAAGUUGAUGCAGAAGGAGACUUGGAAGCAUACACUCCUUUUGUCAUUCCAAAGCCUUGGAGUAAUUUACGGGCGAUUAGGAACUGCUCCCUUAUACGUUUUCUGGUCAAUUCCUGAAGAGGAUUUCAAAUCAAAGGAACACGUAUAUGAGUUCUUUUCCUUUAUCUUCUGGACCCUCACAAUUAUUUCCUUACUGAAAUAUGCCCUCAUAGUGCUGAGGGCUGAUGAUGAUGGAGAAGGCGGUACUUUUGCUUUGUAUUCAUUGUUGUGCAGGUAUGCCAAAGUGGGACUGCUUCCAAAUGAUAGAAGUUCUAAUGAUGUUAUGCUUUAUAAUGACGGAAGUCCUUCUGGAGUUAAGAAGAAAACUAGGGCUAGACGUGCUAUCGAAAAAUACAAAAAUGUUCACUACUUGAUGUUAUUACUUGCGGUGUCUGGCUCAUGCAUGAUGAUUGGUGAUGCAGUGCUUACUCCUGCUCUCUCUGUACUAUCAGCAGUGUCGGGCUUCCGCAAAUCAUUGGCAGAUAUAAAAGAUUUACCAGUUUCCCUCGCAUGUGUGAUAUUACUCUUCCUAUUCAUGCUGCAACACUUUGGGACUCGUAAAAUUGGGUCUAUUUUUGCUCCGAUUGUCAUUGUUUGGCUUUUGUUCAUUGGGGGAGUUGGUACAUAUAAUAUAGUCAACUGCGAUCAGAAAAUACUAUCUGCAAUUUCCCCAGUAUACUUGUACAGAUUUUUCAGAGGUGUUAGCAGACUGAGUUGGAGGUCAUUGAGCAGCAUCAUUCUCUGUGUAGCAGGAUCAGAGGCAAUGUUUGCCGAUCUAGGUCAUUUCUCCAUGAGAUCAAUCAAGAGCACAUUCAUAGGCUUUAUUUAUCCAGUCCUUAUUUUAUGCUAUGCCGGUCAAGCUGCAUUUAUUUCCACGUGUAUAUCCAGGAAUGAUGUUCCUAAACAUUUUAACGGUCUCAGUACAUCUGUACCUAAAAAUUUUCGUCAUGUCUUCAUAGUGCUGUCUUUGCUUGCAUCCGCUGUGGGAAGCCAAGCAACAAUAACAGCUUGUUUCUCCACCAUUAACCAGUGCUUAGCACUUGGUUGUUUUCCCAGAGUUAAAGUAGUUCAUACAUCUGCUAAAAUACAUGGGCAAAUUUAUAUUCCAGAUAUCAACUGGUUACUGAUGAUCCUUAGCCUCAGUGUCACAAUAGGUUUCCACGAUAUUGCACGAAUUGCAAAUGCAACAGGUUUGGCAAUAAUCUGUGGGAUGCUCGUAACGACUUGUCUGAUGUCGCUUGUAAUUGCAUUGUACUGGGAGAAGAGUGUUCCUAUUGCUUCAUGUUUUCUGAUGUUCUUUGGCACCAUUGAAGCAAUGUUCCUAUCAGCAUGUAUUCUCAAUUUUCAUAGGGGAGCUUGGUUUUUAGUUGCCCUCUCAGCAUUAUCCUUAAUAAUAAUGGUUUCGUGGCAUUAUGGAACCAUGAAGAAGUAUGAGUUCGACAUUCAAAACAAGGUAUCGACUGAAUGGCUGACAGAUCUUAGCCUGGGUUUAGGAGUUUCCAGAAUACCAGGAAUUGGCUUCAUUUACACAGACAUAGUGACAGGAAUCCCUGCAUUUUUUUCACACUUCAUCACAAAUCUUCCUGCAUUCCAUCAAGUACUGAUCUUUGUAUCCUCCAAGUCUCUACCAGUGCCUUUUGUUCCCCCAACUCAACGGUAUCUUAUAGGCCGGGUUGGUCCUAAAGAGUACAGGAUUUAUAGAUGCAUUGUGAGAUACGGUUAUUGUGAUCAAAUUACAGACAAAGAUGAUUUUGAGGAACACAUUAUUCAAUCUAUUGGAGAGUUCAUCUCCAUGGAAGAACAGGAUCUAGAAUCUACAUCACCUGAAGGACAAAUGAUUGUUGUCGGAAAACCCUUACCCGAAGGAAAUGCAUUAGUACCUGUACAGGAUUCUUACUCUGCAACUGAAACAAGCAGCAUGGAAAUAACAGAUGCAGAGACUCAGGUAAAUCCGUUGAUGGAAAGAAGUACUAGUACUCCGGUAAAGAGAAAGAGGGUGAGGUUUAUGUUGCCUGCAAAUAGUCCGAAGAUGCGAGUUGGCGUGAGAGAGGAGCUGCAAGGAUUGAUUGAUGCCAGGGAAAGUGGGACUGCAUAUUUUCUGGGUAAGUCACAUUUGGUGGUGCGUGGUGGCUCAAAUUUUCUGAAGAGAUUACUGAUAAUGAUCUAUAUGUUUUGUGAUAAAAAUGGGCGAGAUCCUCAUGUUGUAUUGAACAUCCCGCAUGCUGCAAUUGUAGAGGUGAGUAUGAUUUAUACUAUUUAAAUAAAAAUUAUUGCAAUUACAGGUGGGUUUAGUUUCUUAUUUAGCUACUUGUACAAAGUGAUCUUAUUUCUCAUGGCCUGAUUUUUGGGUCUGUUUGGGUUCCUAGAAAAUGGUUGUAAAUUCUGUAGAGUGCUCUUGAUCUGGUGAUCAUAUAUAGCCAAAGGAAUUAAGGAACAGAACUUCUUGAAACUUGACUCGCUGAUUUUCCUUUCUUCCUUCUAAA